AUAUACGAUAUCCAGCCGGGGCAAGACAGGCACAACUCUGACAGGAAGGCGAUGGAGAGCUAGCCGGCUAACGUUAGCCGUCAGUGCUGGUCGUGAUAAAGGCUUUUAGGGACUGUCAGUCUGUCUGAACUGUUGAUUUUGACAGAUCAAGGGCCGGCCGGGCCUGAUCUUCUUCAUUCUAGUUAUCACACGGAUGAUUGCUAAUAUCUUGUGCGCUAACCUUCAGCCACACUCUGAGACAGUGGCCCAAGGACUGAAACAGGUUGUGUCGAGCCAUGGCAUUCAGUAAAGGUUAUCGUAUUUAUCACAAGCUGGAUCCACCUCCAUACAGUGUGAUUGUGGAGACCAGAAAUCGAGAAGAAUGUCUGAUGUUCGAGUCUGGAGCUGUUGCUGUACUGUCGGCGGCGGAGAAAGAGACCAUAAAAGCAUCGUACACCAAGAUGCUGGAUGCCUAUGGGAUCCUGGGAGUUCUGCGUCUGAACCUUGGUGAUUCUAUGCUGCACAGUCUGGUGGUCGUAACAGGCUGCAGUUCCGUAGGAAAAGUCCAGGAUUCAGAAGUUUUUCGGGUAACAGGCACAGACUUUGUCUCUCUGAAGAAUGACCCCACGGAUGAGGACCGUAUCGCUGAUGUCAGGAAAGUCUUAAACUCUGGGAACUUCUAUUUCGCCUGGUCCUCAACUGGAGUGAGUCUGGAUCUCAGCUUGAAUGCCCACCGCAGAAUCAGAGAAGACACAUCCGACAAUCGCUUUUUCUGGAAUCAGUCCCUUCAUCUCCAUCUCAAGCAUUAUGGGGUGAACUGUGAUGACUGGCUGCUGAGAUUGAUGUGUGGUGGCGUGGAGAUCCGCACCAUCUAUGCUGGGCACAAACAGGCCAAAGCUUGUGUGAUUUCUCGGCUCAGUUCGGAGAGAGCGGGCACACGUUUCAAUGUCAGAGGCACGAAUGAUGAUGGCCAGGUGGCCAAUUUUGUGGAGACUGAGCAGAUUAUUUUCCUUGAUGACAAAGUAUCCUCCUUCAUUCAGAUCCGAGGGUCAAUACCGCUAUUCUGGGAGCAACCGGGAAUUCAGGUCGGAUCCCACCGCGUUAAGCUGUCCCGUGGUUUUGAAGCCAACGCGCCGGCUUUUGAAAGACAUUUCAGUGCUCUGAAAAGGCUGUAUGGCAAACAGUUGAUAAUCAAUCUUCUGGGAAUGAAGGAAGGUGAACACAUGCUCAGCAAAGCAUUCCAGAGUCACCUCAAAGCUUCAGAGCAUUCCAACGCUGUGAAAAUGUUGAACUUUGACUAUCAUCAGAUGGUUAAAGGAGGGAAGACUGAGAAGCUCCAGACUGUCCUGAAACCUCAGAUCAACAAGUUUGUGGAGGAUUGUGAUUUCUUCUACUACUCAGGGGAGACCGGCAUUCAGAGAUGUCAAAACGGAACCAUUCGUUCCAACUGUCUGGACUGCUUGGACCGAACAAACAGCGUCCAGGCCUUCAUUGCACUUGAGAUGCUUCCGAAACAGCUGGAAGCCAUGGGUUUGACAGAGAAGCCUCAGCUGGUGGCCCGUUUUCAGGAGGUCUUCCGCUCCAUGUGGUCCACCAAUGGAGACUCCAUCAGCAAGAUCUACGCAGGCACUGGCGCUUUAGAUGGCAAGGCUAAGGGUGGAAAGCUAAAAGACGGAGCUCGCUCUGUCACCAGAACCAUCCAGAACAACUUCUUUGACAGCUCUAAACAGGAAGCCAUUGACAUCCUGAGACUGGGAAGCACUCUAAACAGUGACCUGGCAGAUAAAGCACGAGCCCUUCUCACGACCAGCAGCCUAUAUGUCUCUGAGCCAAUUUUACAGUCAGCCUCUCCCAGGGUGCUUCUGGGCAUGUGUCAGAACCACUUCAAGUACACUCGGCCCAAGAAGAUCCGAGUGUGUGUGGGAACGUGGAACGUAAAUGGAGGCAAACAGUUCCGCAGCAUUGCAUUUCGUAACCAUACGCUCAACGACUGGCUCCUGGAUGCCCCUAAGAAAGCCGGACACCCAGAAUUCCAGGAUGUCAAAAAUAACCCUGUGGACAUCUUUGCUAUUGGUUUUGAAGAAAUGGUGGAGCUGAAUGCUGGUAAUAUAGUCAGCGCAAGCACCACAAACCAAAAGCUGUGGGCCGCAGAGCUGCAGAAGAACAUCUCCCGAGAUCAACGAUACGUCCUGCUGGCCUCAGAACAGCUGGUCGGUGUGUGUCUGUUCGUCUUCAUUCGCCCUCAGCACGCACCCUUCAUCAGGGAUGUUGCUGUAGACACAGUAAAGACUGGAAUGGGUGGAGCCACUGGUAAUAAGGGAGGUGUGGCUAUUCGUAUGCUCUUCCACACUACUAGUAUCUGCUUCGUGUGUUCGCACUUCGCUGCCGGUCAAUCACAAGUCAAAGAGAGGAACGACGACUAUAAUGAGAUCGCACGCAAACUGUCCUUCCCCAUGGGUCGUCUCCUGUACUCCCAUGAUUAUGUAUUCUGGUGUGGAGACUUCAACUACCGAAUCAAUAUUCCCAAUGAAGAGGUGAAGGAGCUGAUCAGACAGCAGAACUGGGAUGCGCUGAUUGGUGGAGAUCAACUGGUGGAGCAGAAGAAUGCAGGACAGGUCUUCAGAGGCUUUAUUGAAGGGAAGCUGGAUUUUGCACCCACUUACAAAUAUGACCUUUUUUCUGAGGACUACGACACUAGUGAAAAGUGUCGAACACCGGCCUGGACCGACCGUGUGCUGUGGAAGAGAAGAAAGUGGAACUUUGAUAGAACUGCGGAGGAAUUGGAAUUGAAUGUAGUAGGAGCUCCAGUGAAUGAAGAAGAGCAGUAUCCAUGGAGCCCUGGAGACCUCAAGUAUUAUGGCAGAGCCGAGCUGAAAACUUCUGAUCACAGACCUGUGGUGGCCAUCAUAGAUGUGGACAUACUUGAGGUGGACCCCGAGGCUCGUCAUCAGGUGUAUAAGGAUGUGAUCGCCUUGCAGGGUCCUCCUGAUGGCACCAUCCUCGUCUCUCUCUGCUCUUCUGGUCCCGAUGACUACUUUGAUGAUGCUUUGAUCGAUGACCUUUUGGACAAGUUUGCUAAUUUUGGCGAGGUUAUUCUUAUCAGGUUUGUUGAAGAGAAAAUGUGGGUGACAUUUUUGGAGGGAUAUUCAGCUCUGGCCGCUCUGUCUUUGAGUGGAUCUACUGUGAAUGGAAAGACCAUAGACAUCCGCCUGAGGAGUCCUGGAUGGAUAAAGAGUCUUGAGGAGGAAAUGAGUGUGGAGAGAAUCUGUGGAAGUAUCCCAACAUCCACCAGCUCUACCCUGCUGGCAGAAAACUCUGACCUGGGAGAAGAGUAUGACAUGGAAGGUGAUGUUGACGAGGAAGUUGAGGAUAUUUUACCCCAGCACCUGCAGCCUGGAGCAGGCAUGGAUCUGAGUGCGUCUCCUGCCACAUCUCCACGCACCAGCCCAUGCCCUUCACCUACUCAUGGAGAACCAGCACCACCCAUCCGGCCCAGCAGAGCUCCACCUCGCACAGCCGGACCACCACAGGGAGGAUUAAGCCCAGCAUCCAUUAGAAGGGAACUGGCAGGUUCUCCAGUUGAUGGUCAGCCAGCAGGAGCUCCAUUCUCACAGGGACUAGAGCCAAAACGUGCUCCUCCGCCACGCCCCAAUGCUCCACCAGCUCGACCUGCACCUCCACAGCGCCCACCACCACCCUCAGGUGGCAGAAGUCCCACACCUGUUAGAAAAGAUUCAGCAGGACAAAAAAGCCCUGCGUUAGCACGAGCAGAUGCAUCUGGUCGAGGUCAAGCCCCUGGACCAGCUCCUGGAGGCAUCCCAAGGCCGAUCCCACCCCGAGCAGGAGUCAUCAGUGUUACGCCUCAGGCUAGACCUCCCCCUGCUCAUCCCGGGGCCCCCAGACCCGCAGCAGAGGUGCAUCCUGGAGCCCCUCGACCCUCACCAGAUAAUCAUCCUGGAGCACCGAGACCCACUGCUGAACCCCAAAGCAAACCGUCUGAGCUGCCUCUGGGUCCACCCCCAACACUGCCAGGUCCCGUGAGGCCUCAGAUGACAUCACCCAUGCAGCCUCAGUCUGUGUCGCCCGUUCAGCCUCCAGUCCAACCCCAACUGCCCCCACCCAUACAAUCCCAGCUCCCUCCACCAAUGCAGCCCACCUUACCUGCUCCUCUGAUGCCUCAGCCGGCCCCUCAGACAUCAGCCGGAGCCGCUGCCGCCCCUCAGCCUGGACUGGCAUCUCCCAAACCUCCACCCCGCAGCCGCUCCUCUCACGCACUGCCGCCUGAAUCUGCUCCAGCUCCAACAACACAGGCCAAGAACAUGAAUGGAGUCCAAAGAGAAGCACAAUGGAACCUAGACCCCUUCGACAUGCUUAACCCCCAAUCCCUCUUCCAGAACACACCUUUCACCGCUUCCCUCCCUCGCUCCUCAUCCUCCUCUACAUCCACCCCAUCCCCUUCUUCCUCCUCCUCGACGUUACCCAGCAACCUCUCCCUGUUCUCAGCUCCGGACACCAGCGGCGCUUCGUGUCUUCUCGCUCCCCCCGCCCCGUCACGCAGCAAAUCCCAAGAGACCCUUCGUUGCUCCCCCAAUCCAUUCCUCACUGACAUCCAACCAAGACCCAACAGCACCAACCCUUUCACCAGCGGGCUGCAAUCCUCCCCGCGCCGACCGCUUACACCCGAUUUCUACACCCAAAUGCAAGCCUCUAAACCUGAUUUCAAUAGAGCCAUGUCUGCUGUAGGCCACAGUUCCACCCUUCCUUCAACCUUCUCAAGACAACAGUCGUUAGUUACUGCUUCUGCUCCAGCCCCCAACAAACAAACCCAAAAGUGGGUCACCUUUGAUGACGAUUUAGAUUUCCUUUCAAAAAAGCUUGGGACCGGCCCAUCAGCUUCACCUCUUCCCUUCCCACAAACCCAAAGCAGUUUCCCAAGCUCAGGCUUUGGCAUGGACAACAACUGGGCAUCGCUUCCCACCUCCGCAUUCCCAACAAUCCCUCCACCUGUACCAACCCGGACUAAUACCAGCAUCAAAAACACCCAAUUCCCUUCCAGAAAUGAGUUCACAGAGAGAUGAUAUAGAAUGGACGUUAAAUAAGGAGGAAAUAUUAUUGCGUAUAUGUAUGGUUUGUAUAAAAGCGCAGAUAUGUUGACCUGUUCGUCCAAAAAAAGUAAUCUGGCCGUUUAUUUUAGCCCAAUGUGGGCAGGAAAUCAAGACUAAAUGCUUUUCAGAUUUGAAUAUGUUGUCUUUUGCAAACAUAUGCAUUGCGAGAUUUAGCAUAUUGCACAAGCUACAUAAUCAUUUGUAAAAAAUGUAUAAAUGUUAAAUUAUAUAUCUCAUCACACCGUCAGUGUGAUCGUUUUAAUCACCCUCAUGUCGAAACAUAAAUGAGAACUGUACUCUUUAUUUUGGGCCCUUUUGACUUUCACUAUAUAGUCAAAUCCAGUUCUAUAAGGUUCUAAAGAAGAAACAAAUAGACAUGAAAUGAGGGUGAUUAAAUAAUGAGUAUUUUCAGUUUUAUUCAUCCAAUAUCCCUUUAUUCUAUAACCCAGUACAUCCCAAGAAAAAACGUGCUCCUAUCACACGCACAGAUUUAAAAUGCCUGGCUGCGUCUGAUCUAUUCUACCCCAUCAUAUCUGUUAAAUGGGCUUCACGUGAGCUGUGGUACAUAUAUACAUAUUUUACUUUUGCCGUUAAUCUCAUUAUGAAUGUAUUUACCUGUUUCUGUUGCCUACGUUUAGGUUUAGAACGUGCGCCACUUGCAGCAUUAACAGACGCUUUGCUGCAAACUCAAAUCGAGGGUCUUAACUUCUCUGGGUGUUCACGCUACGCUAAAGACCCCGUGUCCCAGCCUCAGCGCAUCCUGUAGCUAUAUAUCGUUGUCAAAAUAUAUCUUCAACACAUAUUCAUAGUGAUUCUAUGUCUUCCUAGUGAGGAAAAAAAAUUGUAAAGUGGGUCUGAAUUGUGUUCAUAUUUGCAGCAUAUACAGUACAUGCCAUAUCUAAAGUGCACUGAAAAGCUCCGUCUGACUUGUAGGCUGUAUUUGUUUCGCGCAGCGGCUCCUCUAAUUCAUCAACACUGUAUAUACAUGUGCUUUCAGUUUACCCAAAGCUCACCACAGAACUGCUGUACUUAUCAAACGUGUUGUGCGCGUGAUUUGAUUGGUGGGUUCCUCCUUCAGGAUGUCGGUCAUGCUUUCUUUUGUGCAAUGUGUACUUAAUCGCUCAAUGAAAUUGUAUUUUUUAAGUUGAACAGGCUGUUGAUAAAAAUCUAUUUAUUGUUGUGUGUGGAGGAAUACUGUGCUGUAUUUUGGAGUGCGUCGUCUGUUUUUGUGUACUUUAGCUGUUUUGUGCGAAUGCGCUUGCGUGUUUGGAUCGUAAUGUUGAGGGUUUCUGGUGUCUUUGUUACGAGUCUGCUGACCCCGGUGUCAUUAUUGCAUUACAUCUUCAUUGUUUAUGCAGAUUUGUUAUGGUAUCAAAUAUUGUUUAUUAUUGACAGUAAGGUGGUCUGUUAAAUUAAUAUUCUGUCAUAUUUACUCUCACUCAUGCUGGUUUAAACUGAAAGUAAAUCUUCAGAACACAAUUGAAAUAGACAUUUCUGUCCAUCCAUUUAAAGUCUUCUCACUCAGAACUCUUAAAAGGAUCAAAAUAACUAAUAAAUAUAUAUGAAUCAAGCUAUUCUCAAAGCAUUUUAUGAGAUGAUUUGAUUAAUCUUUCAUCCACAUACUGUACAAACACUGAUCAGCGUGUUCAGCUGUUCAACAGCAUUUAAAUUUGGCUGCAUGCUUGCUUGAUGCAUGAGAACCAAUCAGGUUUGUUUUUGCGCGUCACAUGACAAAGCUGAGCUUCUGUAAGAAACCAAUCUUUUUUUUUCUUAAGUAAGUUAAGUAAGUGCUUGCAUUUCUGUCUAUGGUUGCAAAUUAGUGUUCAUAUGAAUAAAAGCUUAAAUGAAAUCUGCACAAAUCAUGUGGAUAUAUUUUUAAAAUCUCUUUAGGAAUGAUUCAAAGUAUAUUUUGGGUGAACAGACUUUAAAUAGUGUCAUAAAUGUGUCAGAAUUGCUUAGAAAUGUCUUCAUUUGCGUUCUGAAGAUAAACAUUUUGGUUUGGAUGUCAUGAAGGUGAGUAACUGAUAACAAAAUUGUAAUUUUUGAGUGAACUAACCCUUAAACAGAUUGUGAAUGGUAUAAUAUGUAUGUUAAUAAUGCUUUGUUGAUAAAAGUAAGAUAUUUCGGCGACUUUCAAAUGUAUUUGAGCUCUCAGAUGUGUUCAGUUGUAUAGCAUUCCAGACGGUGUACUGAUGCAUUAUGGGUGAGUGAUCUGAUUUUAUGUGUGCAGUCAUUUUUAUUAAUGUUAUGCAGGUUUUUAAUGUCCCUCAAGGGCGUCAUGAAACCAUUCCUGGUUAAAGUGUAGGUGUUUCAGGAAAGCAGUAUUUUAUUUGUGCUUCUGUUCCUUGUUUACAUUUUAGGUACAAAUUUAACAUGUGCGUGGCUUUUCAUAUGUUCGCCUGGGACGUGUUAAGCAACGCAUUUUGGCUUUGAGCAUUACAGAUUUAUUUAUAUAAAGCUCAGAAAGUUUUUGGUUGAAGAAGGGGUCAGAGAAAUGCCAGCCAGCAAGAAUUAUUGCAAAGAUUUAUGUGUGAAUUAAUGCAUGAGAAACCAUUCCAAAAUGCAUCCUAAAGCAUUAACUGUGAACAUCUCCAGAAUACAGACUAGUAUCAGGUUGUGGAUAAUAUAUAUUUUUUUCUUUAAUGACUGAUAAACACAAUCUAACCACUUAACAUUCAAAAGCAUUUGUUCUGUAUGUAAUCAAAGCAUUAAUUCUGACAUCCUCUGCGCCAGUCAUUAAUGAGAAGCAAGGUUUUCUAGGAAUAAUCAACUCCUUUUGUGAAGGUAAUGUUCCUUUGUAGCUUUUAGCCCAGUAGUGAACAGAAGUCUGUGGUAUUAACCUUAUAUGUAUGUAAACACAAACCACAAAACUGCAACUAGAAUAUUCGAUCUGUAAUUGAAGUGCAUACCAAAAGUGCACAUUUAUGUAUGGAGCAAUUGAUGUUGUAUGUAUGCAAUAAUAAAUGUAAUUCAACAUGAAA